AAAAGUCAUUUUUACCCCUGUUGUAGGCCGCUGAAAAAAAACAGGAAAACAAAAUCCCGCUGACCAAACAGUCAACAGCGUAGCGAGCCCUUCCCUAUUCUCCCGAUUCCCCUUCUCCUCGAUCCCUAACCCUACACAGCGGCCGCGCGAGGCUGGAGGAGCGGAUGGAGGAGGGCGUGGCCGACGCUGCUCCGGGUGAAGGGAUGGACGGCGCUGUGGAGGAAGGCCACGGCGCUGCACCGGCCUCGUCCUCGGGCGACCAUGGCGGGCAGGAGAAGGGCGGCCAUGGCGGGAUGAAGGAGGACGGCCCAGGCGCGGCGCCAGAGGGCGACCAUGGAGGGGAGGUGGAGGGCGGGCAAGGUGCUGCGCCGGAGGGCGGUCAAGGUGCGGCGCCGAAGCAGGGCAAUGACGAUGGUGCGACUGCCACAGAUGCAAGUACUCCGGCAUGGCUUGAAGGGAUGGAUCCAGACUCAACUUAUUUACUGAAAAUCAACUUGCUUGGCAACCCCAAAAAAGUUAGGAAGGACAUCAGAUGUCAAAAAGCUAGGAAGGAUAUCAAAUUGAAGAAGUGAUUUGAAUUAAUAAUCGUUAUGCAGACAAGCUAAAUAGCAUAUUAUGUUUCAUUCGGCACUAUAUUCCAAUUCGUAUUGCCAUUGCUUUUGACUUCCAGUUCACAAUUUUGGUCACAAAAUACAGCAGGGGUAAAGUGGACUUCUCAUGUGGUAUUUAACGGUGUUAGUUGUCAAAACUAGCAGAAGUGUCACAAAAGGAACAAAAUGAAGUUUGAGUGUCAAAAAGGGAAGAAUUUUUUUUAGGGCCAAAAAGGGAACCAAAUUUUAAGAGAGGGCCAAAUAAGGAAUUCUCUCUAAACAUAAUGAUGACAUUUAGAAGGACAUCCCUGCAUCUAUCUUGUGAAGUGAGUGUGAAAUUUUUACUGAAUCGUUGGUUGUAGCUAGCUUAGGGCUGAGAGGCAUCAGGAAAGCUGUUAGCUUAUGGAUUCGGAAAAAUAGUACGUACUGGUUAGCUCAAGCUCACAAGAUUGAUGCAGAAGUCCAACAUUGGUUAACUCAAGCUCACAAGAUUGUUAUGCGUCAGGAUACAACAUCUGCAAUGUACGUAGGCAGCAUGACGGAGCCUGUGACCAUCUCUGCAUUAGUUUAUGCUCCACUGCUCAGCCACAAAGAGACAAACGUGCAGUUUAGCUCACUUGUGGUGUGUACGCGACGCGGGCAUGUUUGUUUCGACGCGCAGAGUGUGUUCAUCGCAGAGAGCUUGCUCCUCCCAUACGCCAUAUUACCAAGUAUCUUUUCUCUACUACUCCCUCCGUAAAUUAAUAUAAGAGCAUUUAGAUCACUACUUUAGUUAUCUAAACGCUCUUAUAUUAGUUUACAGAGGAAUACUAGUUAAUUUAUACGUGUGUUGUAAUGAGCUAUAUCUAUACUAUAGCUUUAACACCAAUCAUGCCAAACAUAUAGGCCAGCAUAGAAAAAAGUGCAUUUUUAGUCACCAACAAGAUGAAGGGCGGAUCGAAGGUCAAGAAGAGCUCAAGAGUUUUUUGCGGAAAAACUUCCUAUCUAUUCAUUAUCAAUCAUGACAGUACAACGAACAUAAAAAAUAAUGAAAAUUACAUCCAGAUCUGUAGACCAUCUAGCAAUGACUACAAACACUGAAGCGAGCCGAAGACGUGUCACCGGCAUCACCCCUUCAUCGCUAGAGCUGAGCAAAACUUGUUCUAGUAGACAGUCGGAAAGUUGGCGACUGUAGUUCCUUAUGGUCUUCAUGUAGGCUGAAGGCCUUUGAAGUAAACUCUUCCUGAUGUCAUUUUAAAAAAUAUGCAUCAUCUGUAUCGAACUGUUAUUGUAGGUUAAUGCAACUUUAGAUGUUAACUUGGUUCCUCCGGCAGCCUACCUUUCUAGGUGAAUCUCUGAAUGUGAUGAUCCUCUAUUUUCUUUUGGCUCCUCCUUGGUCAGGCUGGAGUAGUUAUAGUAUAGUAAAUAAUGUAUCCGUACGUAUUCUGAGCUACUGAUUUGUUGGCCCAUCUUAGUCAGAGACUUGUGAUUAAUCCUCUGUUUACCCAUUUAUCAUCUUAACCUUCAUCCAAAUUGUUCCCUGUUUGUGAUCUUUGUGGCAUUGAAUUUAACCCGUUGAUUUAUC